CAUUACCACCACAUAAUGAUUUAACAUAUAACCCAUUUCUUAUGUUAAGAAUAUGUCAAGGACUCAGACCAACAUUUAAAAAUAAUUUUAAGGUACCACCCUUAGUGAAAGAAUUGAUUGAUCGUUGUUUAACAGAAGAUCCAUCAAUGCGUCCUACAGCUAAUGAAUUGAAUAAUACAUUUCUGAGAUGGUAUCGAUCAACUAAUAAAAACGAUAAUGCCGAAUUUCGUAAGCAAUGUAAAGAAGCAGAUGAGCACAAUAGUUUAUAUUUCAAAUCAAAAUCAAAAGCAUCAAAUACUUCAGCACAUUUACUUACAAGUAAAAGUUUAUAUGUUAAAGAUCUUGAAUGUUCGGAAUCCUUGAAUAUGGAUUUUACCAAGAAGGAUUCAAAAUGUUCAG